AUGAUUGUUCAACCAACACUUAUUAUAUCAAAGCAACGUAAUCAACCAAAUCGUGAAUGUCUCUAUGCUUGGUAUCCAGAAGUAGUAAAUGAUUUAUCAAUGAAAUCUCGUGAUAUUUAUAUACAUAAUGGCAUUGAUAAAGAUCUAUUAGAACAAAAACCAUUAACAAAUGGAUUUGCAAAUACAUUCAAUAAUAAUAAUACAAAUGUUGAACUUCUUCAACGUUAUAAACAAAGUAUUGCAUCAAGUGAUCAAGCUUAUCAUUCAACAGAAACAAUUGAUGAAGCAUUAAAUCCACCUUGGGCAUUACAUUACGAAAUAAAACGACGACCAAUAACACCAAAUCUUUCAAUGAAUAUGUCAAUACACGAAGAACCACCUCGUCGAUUGAAGAGUGCUCCAGUAACUCGUUCACUUCCUCCAACAGGGAUUCUUAUGAUUCCCGAACCACGUUUUAUAACUUCUACUAUUCCAAUUACAACAACACCUAAUUCAAUUCCAUCAUUAACACGAACUAAAACUCGUUCUUCAUCAGCUAAAGCAUAUCUUAAUAGAACAAUGCCAAAUGAAAAUAAACAACAACAUCGGGAAAUAAAAUCAGCUCAUGUAUCUCGUCAAAAAUUAAAUACAAAAUUAUCUGAUGAAGAAAUUCAACAAAUUUUCAAACAAGUUUAUGGAAAUAAUAUUGAACAAACACAAAUACAACAAGAACAACCAAUACAAAUUAUUUAUACACAAUCUCAACCUUCAUCUGUUUCUCCUUCACCAGUUUAUGUUUAUCAAAAGUCAGCAAGUUGGUGUGCUAAUGAAAAUUCAUCAAUUCCUGUUCAUAAAUCUGUUGAAAUAAGUCCUAUAACACUUAAUCCACAUCAUAUUCAUCGUCCAGCAAUGAUUACAGUUAAAAAUAAUGAAAAAUAUUCUGUUUUAAGAGAAGAUUCAACAAAAAGAAAAACAACUAAUUAUCAUCGACGACAUCAUCAUAGUCAUGGAAAACGAAAUGAACCUUUACUUGCAGUAACACCAAUACCACAUAAAUCAAAAUUAUCACUUGAAAUUGAUGGUGUUAAAUUAAUAUAUGAUCCAAAAAUAACCUUUGAAGAUAAAUCACCAAAUAUUACAAAAUAUUUUAUUGAUGGACGAUUAUAUUUAAUUAAAAAUAAACGUUAUAAUGUUAUAGACAAUAUCGAUCCAUCAACAUUAGAAAAAUAUAAUCAAAGUUUAAUUCAUCCAUCACGAACUAAACAUUAUCAAACAAUUCCUAUAGACAAAUUUCAAAUAGCACAACCAUCACCAGAUUUAAAUCAUAGUGCAUCUGAAAUAUACUGUUCGAAUAGAUCAUCAAAACAUGCACAUCGUUAUAUUAUUGAUCCAAAUUUAAUAUCAGAAAAUCUUAAUGUAAAUAGAAUGUCAUUAUCAAAACGACUACCAACAGCAACCGUUUAUGCUUAA